AUGAUAUUCGCUUCUUCUCAGAAAAUCCCGAGUUGUUGUUGUUGUUGUUGUUGUUGUUCUUCUUCUUCUUCUUCUUCUUCUUCUUCUAGAUCUGUGUUAUUCUGUUCAUAUCUAUCUAUCUAUGUUUUAUUUUGUUCAUAUCUAUGCUUUAUUAUGUUCAUUAUCUAUCUAUCUAUAGAUCUAUUUUAUUCUGUUCAUAUCUAUGUUUUAUUCUAUUCAUAUCUAUCUAUCUAUCUAUCUAUCUAUCUAUGUAUGUUUAUCUGUUUAUAUCUAUCGUUUAUUCUGUUCAUAUCUAUGUUUUAUUCUAUUCAUAUCUAUCUAUCUUUCUAUCUAUCUAUCUAUCUAUCUAUCUAUCUAUCUAUCUAUCUAUGUUUAUCUGUUUAUAUCUAUCGUUUAUUCUGUUCAUAUCUAUGUUUUAUUAUGGUCAUUAUCUAUCUAUCUAUCUAUCUAUCUAUGUUUUAUUUUAUCUAUUUUAUUCUGUUCAUAUAUGUGUUUUAUUCUAUUCAUAUCUAUCUAUCUAUCUAUCUAUCUAUAGAUCUAUUUUGUUCUGUGCAUAUCUAUCUAGGUUUUAUUCUGUUCAUAUCUCUCUAUCUAUCUCUGUCUAUCUAUCUAUGUUUUAUUCUGUUCAUAUCUAUCUGUUUUAUUCUGUUCAUAUCCAUGUUUUAUUAUGUUCAUAUCUAUCUAUCUAUCUAUCUAUCUAUCUAUCUAUGUUUUAUUUUGUUCAUAUCUAUGCUUUAUGAUGUUCAUUAUCUAUCUAUAGAUCCAUUUUAUUCUGUUCACAUCUGUGUUUUAUUCUAUUCAUAUCUAUCUAUCUAUCUAUCUAUCUAUCUAUCUAUCUAUCUAUGUUUAUCUGUUUAUAUCUAUCUUUUAUUCUGUUCAUAUCUAUGUUUUAUUAUGUUCAUUAUCUAUCUAUCUAUAGAUCUAUUAGGUUGGUGCAAAAAUAAUGACGUAAUAAUGUCGUUUUUUGACGUACUUUUCCACGUUAAAAAACGACAUUCUUACGUCAUAAUAUUUUGUUCUGUGCAUAUCUAUCUAUGUUUUAUUCUGUUCAUAUCUCUCUAUCUAUCUAUCUGUCUAUCUAUCUAUGUUUUAUUCUGUUCAUAUCUAUCUGUUUUAUUCUGUUCAUAUCCAUGUUUUAUUAUGUUCAUUAUCUAUCUAUCUAUCUAUCUAUCUAUCUAUCUAUCUAUCUAUCUAUGUCUUUUUCUUCUUCUUCACUUCUUCUCGCACUUGUUUUUAAAACUUCCUUUUUUCUUUCUUUCUUUCUUUCUUUCUUUCUUUCUUUCUUUCUUUCUUCUUUUCUUCUUCUUCUUCUUCUUCUUUCUUUUUCGAAUUCUUCUUCUUUUAAAUGCUAUCUCUAUUUCUUUUCGAAUGAUCACCUUCUCCCUUUUUAUCUUCUCCAAUAUCUUAUUCUAUUCAUGUGUCUGUCGAUCUAUUUGUGUCUUAUCUUGUUCAUAUCUAUCUCUAUCUAUCUAUCUAUCUAUCUAUCUCUGUUUUAUUCUGUUCAUCUAUCUAAGUAUGUCUUAUUCUAUUCAUGUUUGUCGAUCUAUUUGUGUCUUAUCUUGUUCAUAUCUAUCUAUCUAUCUAUCUAUCUAUCUAUCUAUCUAUCUGUUUUAUUCUGUUCAUAACUAUCUAAGUUGUCUUAUUCUAUUCAUGUGUCUGUCGAUUAUUUGUGUCUUGUUCAUAUUAUCUAUCUAUCUAUCUAUCUAUCUAUCUAUCUGUUUUAUUCUGUUUCAUCUAUCUAUCUAUUCAUCUAUCUACAUCUAUCUAUCUAUCUGUUUUAUUCUGUUCAUAACUAUCUAA